AUGUGUUACGCGACGAGCUUUAUUAGAGUGCAGGCCUUCAUAUACCGCACUCUUGUCAAGUGUCACCAACUCUUCACUUCCAACACUUCCACUCAUUACAUGAACACUACUAAUACUAGUCAUAUCUCUUGUCUUUUCCAUCAAAUGUCAAUAGUAGUUGUGUUCCUGUCCUCAGCCAACAUCUCAAUGGCAUCUCCCAUACGAAGUGAAUCAUCUCAAAAGCAAUCAUCAAACGGCUCACCGCCGUCAUCCUCAUCAUCCCGAAGUAGGCUCUCAAUGAGCUCAUCCCCCAAAUGGAUAAACCCGUGUCGACUGCCGACACAUCCUAUCAAUCCUGACAAAGACUUUGCUGGUGCUCCUCCAGUUCCCGUCAAAGAAUUGUUACGUAAUGUCAUGAGUAGAGCCAAAGUUGCCCGAAAUCAUGGACAACAAGUGAAGGAGAUUUUCCGUAUUGUUUAA